AUGCUCUCGACACCACUCCGAACAGUGCCGCGGGCACACGGCCCGGCUCUUGCGCGCGCCUUCUCCGCCUCCUCCUCCGCCGGCAAGAAGAAGGACGUCCUCAAGGUCCAGUUCACCCCCUGGCCGGCCAAGGAGAAGUUCAAGCUCAAGGAGGCCGUCCGCGUCCUGCGCGCUCUCGAGAUUGGCGCCCCGACGUCCCGCUUCGACCUCGAGCUCAUCACCAAGGUCCCCAAGCAGGGCCACCACCUGCGCGGACAGGUCGUCCUUCCCCUCGACCCGCGGAAGGGUGUGCGCGAGGAGGUCCUCGUGGUGUUCGCAGAGUCGGACAGUCUCUCGGAGCGUCUGGCCAAGGAGGUCCCGGGCGUCAUUGUCGGACAGCAGGAGCUGUGCGAGCCAAUUCUGACGGGCAAGCUGAAGCCGACCCGCGUCUUCUCGACCCCGGGCAUGCUCCCCACCGUCACUGCCAACCUUGCGCGUUUCCUCGGUCCGAAGGGUAUCAUGCCGACCGUGAAGAGGGGAACGGUCGGAGAGGGACGCAAGCUCGUCGACCUCAUUGGUGACUCGGGAAGCAGGAUUGACUGGGCUGCCAACGACCUCGGCAUCAUCCGCUUCGGCGUCGCCAAGAUGGGAUGGACCAACGACGCCAUCGAGGAGAACAUUCGCGCCUUUGUCAAGACCGUCGAGAAGGCCACCCUCGGACAGGGAGAGAUCAUCGACAUGACGAGCAGGAAGAAGACGAACUGUGAGUACGCGCGGCGGCAGCGAGCGAAGCGAGAUGCCGCGGAGCAUGGGUAG